UUCACUCUCAAUGGAGGAACAACAUCGCGCCGCCACCUACGACAUCGCUAUCUUCGGAGCCUCUGGGUUUACCGGCAAAUACGUUGUACGGGAAGCUCUCAAGUUUCUCAAUGUUCCGUCAUCUCCAUUGAAAUCCCUCGCUUUAGUAGGCCGAUCCCCAUCCAAAGUAGCCAAAGCUCUGCAAUGGGCCUCCCAUCCCAACCCGCCGCCACAAAUCCCCAUCCUCACCGCCGACACCACCGACCCCUCUUCCCUUCGCCGGGUCGCCUCCCAGGCAAAGAUCAUUCUCAACUGCGUUGGCCCUUUCCAUCUCUACGGCGAGCCCGUCGUGGCGGCUUGUGUCGAUGCCGGCUGCGAUUACCUAGAUAUCACCGGAGAAAUGGAGUUUGUAGAGAGAAUGGAAGCUUCUUACCAUGAAAAGGCUGCGAAGAAGGGUUCUCUGAUCAUUUCUGCCUGUGGGUACGAUUCGGUUCCUGCUGUAUUAGGCAUGAUGUUCAAUUCAAGGCAGUGGGUUUCACCCGCUGCUCCUAAUCGUGUGGAGGCUUACCUAAGUAUGGAAUCCGACAAAAGACUCGUGCUGAACCUAGGAAGCUACGAGACUUUGGUUCUUGCCAUGGCUAACAAGGACAAAUUGCAGGAGUUGCAACGUUAUAGACCUCAAACACCUCAGCCCAUGAUUCCUGGUCCGCCUCCCAAGGAAUCUAUUGUGGAACGCCAAAAAGAGAUUGGGUUUUGGAGUGUGGUGUUUCCAUCAUUGGAUAAAAUUGCAGUUGAGAGAAUGGUGUCAUGUUUAACUGAGAAUCCUGAGGGUAUACCGGGGGUCAAUGAAACUGCUCAGCAAAUUGAAAAGAGGGAGGCAUUCUGGUCUACUGUGAAACCCCUUCACUUUGGUAUGAAUAUGGCAUCAAAAUCAGUGUUGGGUAUAAUUCGUUUCAUAACACUAGGGCUGUUGCUAUGGGUCUUUAGUAGAUUUUCUAUAGGGAGGUGGAUGCUCAUGAAGUUCUCUGAUGCGUUUAGCCUUGGGCUUUACACGAAAAAUGGUCCGACUGAAGAGGAGGUGGCAAGUGCUUCCUUCAAACUGUGGUUUGUUGGGCGUGGAUAUAGUGAUGCUGCUCUCGCGUCAAAAGAGGGCAAGAAACCGGAUAUGGAAAUUAUUACGAGAGUAACGGGACCUGACAUUGGCUAUUCCACAACUCCCAUCAUUCUAAUUCAAUGUGCUCUAGUCUUGUUGAGCCAGCGUCAAGAGUUGCCUAAAGGCGGAGUUUUUCUUCCCGGGAUUAUAUUUGGUCCGACGGAUCUUCAACAUCGACUCCAACAAAAUGGAAUAUCUUUUGAUUUCAUUUCGAAGAAAAUGCUCUCGAACAAAAUUUAGUCUUACUAUAUAUAAGUUCAUUUGUCAUUAUAUAUUAUUAAUGUAUUUUUGUGUGAGUUGUAUGGUUAUAUUUCGAUCUCUCCUUCAAUUUCCAAAGACAUGUAUAAUUUGCGAG